GGGACCCCAGACACAGUCUUUAGCAUAGGUUCAUCCUUAACUAGCCCCAAGUCUGGUGGAUCAAGCAUACAACAAUGCAACACCUCUCCUGACAGACUUGAUUCAGGCAGCAGUCCCGCCCAGAGGAGCAUGCUUGAACUCCUCAGUAUAACAGAUGCUGCAGCUAAGGCAGUAAACAAGUCCAGCCACUUGGCUACCAGUCAUGGAUUCCAAAGAUCACUGACCCAGUCUGGUCAAUCAAGCUGCUGUGAGGGUUCUCAUGUAUCUUGGCCUAUGGACCCCUUGACUCAAACUGGUCACAGUCAAGGCUCCCAGAGUUCACAGCAAGAUGACAGACUGACCUCCCAGCAGCUAAACGAUCGGUCUGGGAAGUCAGUUGGUUCUGCCAGAUCAAGAGGGAUGUCGGUAAGGUCUCGUGACAGUGAAGUGUCGGUAACUUCAGAUGUCAGUGUGGAUUCAGGUGUAUCCAAACAACCACAUAUUAGCGCAGCAUCAGGGGUGUCCGUCCAUAGUGCAAGGUCUGCACUAUCCCUGGGAAACAGGCAGUUUGGUGGCAAGGCUGUCAAGGAUCUCCGCCAUGACAGUGGAGUGAUCAGUAAAACCCAAACCCAAAGUGACAGUAAGGCUAGGGGGACAAUUCUUGCUGGUUCAGAAUUUGGAGAAUACUCAUAUGAUAGAAGUUCAGAUGAUGGCAUAUCUGUGAGUGAUAUACUUAUAAAAUCCACCCAUGAAAACAAUGAACACAGUGUCAUUGAAAAUAGGGCUAAACAGGCUGAGAAAAAUGGGCAUUCUAGUAGCACAAUGUCAAAAUGCUUAAAAACGUCAAACAGAGUAGAAAUUUUUAACUCAAGUGAGCCACAAAAAGUGAAAAUAUCUCAAAAGCAUUUAAAAGAAAUUAAGUCUCCUUAUUAUGAUGAUAGCCCAAGAAUUUCAGUCUCAUAUGAUUGUAAAAGGCCUUCGUCAUUGUUAGAAGGCAAACAUAGUGGGCGACAGAUGGUUUCUUCAGAUGGUCAAAAUUCAACAGACAAAGAUGCUGUGAUCAGUGUUAAUGACUCAGAUCGUAAAAAAACAGUUGGUGUGAAAAUGAAAUUCACAAAAGGGACAGAUAGUCAGUACAAUAACCAAUUUGAAGUGCAGAAAGAGAAAAAAUCUGCUGAAAAAUGUUUCGAAGAUGUAGACAUUGCUAAAGCCGAACAGAGAUGUGACUUUGAGAGGAAAUCUCAGUUUCAUAAUGCUAGCUUACAGAAUGCUUCUAGUGAUUACAAACACCCAUCAACAUAUCAGUUACCCACAUCAGGUAAAGGACAUGUAAAUGUGAUAGAAUCAGAUGUCCACUUUGUAUGUACCACCAAGCCUCCAGUGGAGCAACAUACUAAUCGGAAAUGUCUGCCAGGGAUGGCUGACUUGUCAGGAGGUCAACAGAUUCCUGCCCUGCUACAUGAUCCUGAAGACAGCAUUCAGAUUAUAUCUGCCCAUGCAUCAGGAGCAGUCACCUACAAGCCAGACUUUGUUGAUAGUGAGUGCAGCAUAGAAUCAGAUGUAUCUGAAGAUUUUCCAGUGCUGACAGAUGGGAAAGCAUCAGGAGCAGUCACCUACAAGCCAGACUUUGUUGAUAGUGAGUGCAGCAUAGAAUCAGAUGUAUCUGAAGAUUUUCCAGUGCUGACAGAUGGGAAAGCAUCCAUGGCAGUUAUGAGAAAUCUUCAGAAGAAAUAUUACAACAUGAAGGAAAAGUACUUGAAGCUGACGAAAAAAACAAAAGUUUCUGAAGCAAGUGGCGGUCAUGACAGUGUAAAAUAUAAAAGUUCGGGAUCCAGAACAUGUCAUGAUGUACAUGAAACUGUAACAAGUAGUGGGAAAAAAAAGAGAAUAUAUGACAAACGCCUGGCUUGCUUAUACUGUGGGAAAUUAUAUAAACACAGAAUUAUGGAGCAUAUGUAUCUUGCCCACGGAGAUGAAAAGGAAGUAGCAAAAGCAUUGAGUACCUCCAACAAGGAAGAAAAAAAUGUCAUUGUCUUGAAACUGAAGAACAAAGGAAACUUCAAGCACAAUGUUUCCGUUCUUCAAAAUGGCGGUGAACACUUCAUUGUAUGCAAGAGACCAAGUAGACGUCCUGUAAUACCAAGUGAAUUCUUGCCAUGUGUGUACUGCUAUGGUUUUUAUCAGAGAAAGGAACUUUGGAGACAUUUGAAAACUUGCUGCUUAAAAGUAAUUCAUAGCACAGAACAGAAGAAUAGUUUUACGGCUUCUGCAAGGGUUAUGCUACGGGCCGCAGUAAGCACAGAUCCGAAGGGAAAUGAUGGUGCACAACUUUUGGAACUUUUACAGACAAGAAAUGAUGUCAUUGGCAAUGAAAUUAUUAAUGACAGUCUUAUUGUCAAGUUUGGGAAAGUGCUUUUUGAAAAACUAGGAAGCCGACGAAAAAAUGAUGUAUCACAAAGAAUGCGGCAACUUGGGCGAUUAAAGACACAUAUAAACUCUAACCAGAUAGAAAAGAUUGAUCAGCUAUCUGAUAUGAUCAAUGGCAAGAACUUUGAUAAUGUAGUUGAAGCUGUUAAAGAGCUGGCAGAAAUUCAUGAAAACCAGGAGAAUGUUUUUCAAUUUGAGAAGCCUGGUCUUGCUUUGAGAUUGGGUCACAAUAUAAUCAAAGCAGCGGACAUCAAAUUUGGAAUGUGCAUGAGGAAUGAUGAUGAUGAUGAUGUGGGUGCAAACCAAGCAGAAACAUUUAGCAAGUUUUAUAGAAAAGAAUGGACUGAUUUAAUCUCCUCCGUAGCAUUAGCGUCUCUAAAAACAAACAAAUUUAACAAAGGGGAUGCAAUGCCUCUGACUGAUGAUCUAAUCAAACUGCGAAACCACCUCUCUUCAAAAAUGGCCACACUGACUGAAAAGAUGAACGAUUCCCCAACCUACCCAGUAUGGCGUGAACUAGCAGAAUCAACAAUGAUACGAAUACUUCUAUUAAAUAAACGCCGAGGAGCUGAAGCAUCAAAGUUGCUACUGAUGGCCUAUACUGAUCGACCGAACUGGAAAGAGACCACUAACAAAGAGGUUUUUGACAGUCUCUCUUCACUGGAAAGAAAAAUGUUCUCAAGAAUGGAUAUGGUACAGUCGCAAGGAAAAAUGAACAAAAAAGUUGCGACGCUAAUGACCAGUGAAAUGGUGAGCGCAGUUGAUAUCCUGAUUGCCUGCAGAACACAGUGUGGUAUUAGAGAGUCUAACAAGUUUAUCUUCGCAAACCAAAAGGAUGGGCAUCUCAGCACCUGGCAAAGUCUUCGUGACAUGGUUAAUCAGGCUGGGUGCCAAAGACCAGAACUCAUCAACAGUAACUCCCUGCGGAAGUACAUAGCAACAGUUUGUCAGAUUUUAGAUCUAAACGAAGGUGAGGUGCAGUGGGUGUCGAGCCACCUUGCCCACACAGUAAAAACCCACUUAGGUUUUUACAGGCUGCAGGAGGGAGCCAUCGAAAUCGCCAAAGUAUCUAGGCUGCUACUAGCCGCAGAGAACGGGACAUUGUCAAAAUAUAAAGGAAAGUCGCUGGAAGAUAUACAGGUUGAUGAUUUACCGUUGGGAGAGUCAGACGAUAUACCUGUGCAUGGAGAAAGUGCAGAUGAUUCUAUUGAUUUGAACUUGGCUGAGCAUUGGAAUGGAGAUGAUGAGCAACCAGCAGAGGCCCAAUCCUCCAUGCCUGUUAAUCAGAGACAGAAGCGCCCCAGGCUUACCAAGAAAAGACACAUACAAGAGUCAGACUCUGAAGAUGAGCAACCAGCAGAGACCCAAUCCUCCAUGCCUGUUAACCAGAGACAGAAGCGCCCCAGGCUUACCAAGAAAAGACACAUACAAGAGUCAGACUCUGAAGAUGAGCAACCAGCAGAGACCCAAUCCUCCAUGCCUGUUAACCAGAGACAGAAGCGCCCCAGGCUUACCAAGAAAAGACACAUACAAGAGUCAGACUCUGAAGAUGAGCAACCAGCAGAGACCCAAUCCUCCAUGCCUGUUAACCAGAGACAGAAGCGCCCCAGGCUUACCAAGAAAAGACACAUACAAGAGUCAGACUCUGAAGAUGAGCAACCAGCAGAGACCCAAUCCUCCAUGCCUGUUUACCAGCGACCAAAGCGCCUCAGGCUUUCCAAGAAAAGACACAUGCAAGAGUCAGACUCUGAAGAUGUUGCUGACGAUGACUCAUUGAUAGAUCCCAGUUUUAUGGAUUCAGGCAGAGAAGAGUCAAGCACAGAUGAUGAACAAACGUCGAAGAAUUUUAUCCAGCAACAAAAAUUCUACAAACAGAGGUGGUCAGAAACUGAAAACAAGAUCUUCAUGCAGAUAUUUAGUGGCUGUCUGAAGGACAAGCAUAUGCCAACACUUACUGCCAUAAAGCUAGCAGCUUCAAAAAUGCCUCAAAGGACAGUGGCUCAGAUUAGAACUAGAGUUCACAAUAUUAUUACAGGCAAACAAGCAUUCAUCCUUUAAGGAAUAAAUUGUGGGGGCUGAUGUCAUUAUCGGAGUAUGAACACAGUUAGGCUGGUAAAAGUAUAUGUGGUCCAAAGGACACCACACAUACUUGAACCAGCCCAACUGCGUUCAUAUCCCUAACAAUGAGAUCAAUCCCACAAUUCAUUACUUAUAUUUACACCAAUAGUUCACCAUUUCAUUCAAGAAUUGUUAAAAAGACUUCAUUUCAUUUCAGAAAACGUUACAGUAAUUCUUCAUUUAGCAGUAAAUAGAACAAAUUGAGCGUAACUGGAAACAGUUUAUCAAAUGACAUCACAAUAAUGCGGGAAAAGGUCAACCACUUGAAAACUCUUUAAAACGUAACAUUGAAAGACUUAUGUCAUCAAUACAUUUAUAAUAUCAUAAAUUUACCGUUUCUUACAUGUUGAUUUAAGUUUUCCGGGACACAAUAUUAAUACAAACAAGAUAAACAAUUUUCAAUUUACAUGUAUAUUCUUAUCCGAUGAUUUGCGAUCCAAAGAUGAAGCAUUUAUCGGAAAAUAUUAACAAUUGCCGUAAGGCCGUUCAAUUUAAGGAAUGGGAGUUUAGGUGUAAAUAUUUUAUUGUGAUAAAAUCUUGGGUUUCCGGCUGGCCCCUAAUUCUCGAAACUUCAAAAGUCCCUUAUAACUGGAUUAUGCUAAGCCUUUUUUGUUUUUCUAAAAUAUGCCUUAUAUUUACUUAUUGAAGAGUUUUUAGACGUUAUAUAAAAAUUAUCUUUAUGAUAAUCACAAUAAACCUCUUUUGAUUAAUCAAAAUCAAUUUUAAGUACGUAUUUUGGCUUAUUGAAAUAAGCAACUUAAGCUUAACUAGCUUAUUUCACUUAGCCGAAAACAAACUUCAAUUUGAUUUUAAUAAAUGAAACAUUCUUUUUUGAGAUUAUCAUAAAAAUAACUGAAUACUCUAAAAAAGAAAGUAUAACAUGAGUUAUAGGGAAACAAAAAUAGUGAGAUUGGCUUAAUCCUGUUAUAAGGGACUUAAAAAGUUUCGAGAGGGGUCAGGCUACUUGAUUGAGAUAUAUAUAGUCAUCAUGAUCUUUUUUUUAAUUUAAGAACCACUUGUUUGAAAAAGACUGCUUCAAAGCUGUACAUGUUUCGUUCUCUAAGCUUCUGUGUAAUGAGCAUGUAUAACAUUUAAUUUUAUGCGCCCAAUUAUCAGGAUAAUGGAUUAACUAUGGAUUGACUUUCAUUUUGGUUGAAAAUAAAUGUAUGAACAUUUCCUGGUAUCACGUGAGGCAAGUGGGGGCAUCCGUGCCCUAUGGACACACUUUAGUUCAGUGAUUAUAUCACCCAUACUUUGGUUUGAAGGGCUUUGUGUGCCAAGAUGGAAAUAUCAUUGAAGGGUUUUAUUUCAUUUUUAUAUGUCCAUAGGGUCAUAUUAUACCUUUAGUUGUCUGUCAGUUAACAAAUUCUUGUAAAUGCAUUCCUACAUUUUUAAAGUAUUUUGUUGAAACUUGCUUACCAGGAGGGGUUACCGUUAUUGUCAGGCGUGAGCGCUUUUUGUUCCAGUUUGGAAAUUAUACAUUGCUUGAUGAUAAUCAUAAGUUCAUCAACAGAAGUUUCACACAGAUAAGGCUAGUUUUAAUAAAAAUAUCAAGUGUUUUACCUCUGUUUAUAAAUCAAGAUUUUCUUUGGCUGGGCAACCAACCUAGGUUCAGGGUGAAUGUAAAUUACAUACUGGUACUUUCAAAAACUUUUGUUGAAAUUUUGUAUGUUGGACAAUAUUUUCUUUUCUGUUGGAUUUAUAAGAAGCAUGAAGAAAUGUUCGAAAACUAUACCUGUCUGACUGGAUUUGACACCUUUUGUGUACCUCAUUCUGUUCCCCUUGGACUAAAGUUGAAUUAUUUCAUUCCACUUCCUUUUAAAUUUUUGGAAUGGAAAAAAGGGCUAAGGUUUUUAAUAAUGACAACAUUGUUUUGGAAAGUAUCCUGAAAAAUGAUUAGCCGCAGGAGUAAUUAUGAGUAGUUUACGAAGAAUUUUGGUGUAGCUUGCCUAUACUAUCAGCUAUACUACAAAAAUUUAUAAUGUAUACCUAUUUGUGUGUUUGUGCUUCAAUUUUCUUUUGGACUCUUUGUUCAGGAGUUAUGAUCCUUUGUUAUUUGUUUCAUAUGUACUGAUGAAUGCAACCCUUCACAUUUUUUAUUAAACUUGCUUAGACUGUAAAAUGAACAUGUCAUGUGCAUCAGGGAACCGAUUCCUAUUUCUGAUAUUAUAUUGUAUUUGUGAUCUACAAACUCUCAUAAAAAGAAUGAGAUUCACUUUUUUUCAGUGCUCUUCCAGAAACUUAAUUAGAGCAUUUAUGAAAUCUAGGUCAAGUUAAUAAUUCCAUGAAUUGUGGUGAAAAAAAGGUUGUGGACAAAAUAUUUAUUCAAAGAAUUGACAAACAACAUUUUUGCCUUGCUCUUUAAUAAAUUGUUAUGGUAACAAGAAACUUGGUUAAAAAGUUCAGGCCAUUUCCAACUUGUAUAUAUUUUGUUGUACUUUUUAAAGCUUGACUGUAUGGAAGAAUAAGGAGAGCUAUACUACUCUAAACAUUUUGCAUGUACCUGGUAACCUCAUUUAAGAUGCUUUCUCUGUAAAUACUUAAUGUAUUGCAUUGAAACUUUAGACAAAUGUUCACAUCCAUCAAGUCAGAUAACUAUAUUUUGCCUAUAAUGUAAGUAACUGCUUAAAAAUCUGAUUAAGGUUUUCUUAUGCAAGCUUUCAUCAAUUUCAUACAAAUAUGUUUUUAAUUAAUUGUAUGAUGUUCUAGAUUAGUUCAUCAAAUCUUCGCAGGCAUCAUUUUAAUCCAAUUUUAUAUCCAUAGCCUUUUCACCAAAACUUUUGAUCCUUAUUUUCUAAAGUUGCGGAUAUGUCGAGCAUGCUCUUGUUCUGUACAUUGUUCAUGUGUUGUCCGAGACACAAUAAACUUAAACAUUAAUGUAUGUGGUCUAAUAUAAGUUUCAUAUUUCUUUGU